UGCGGAGAAGUGUGUCUGACUCCAGAAGAAUGCAAAGCAGUGGUUAAGAAGAGCCUUCCGCUUUGUGGCCACGUUGUUGAAACUUGGUGUCAAAGGAACAUCGACUUAAUUAAGUGCACAGAAGACUGUGAAAAGGUGUUACCCUGUGGUCAUGUAUGUUCCAACACCUGCAGCAGGCCUUGCAAAGCUGAAUGUUCAGAACCAUGCAGCCAUCGACUACGUCGAUGUGGUCAUAGAUGUCCUGGUGAAUGCGGUGUUUGCUUAGCAUCUUCAUAUCACGAGCUAUGUGACAGUAAAUGUGAGAAACCGCUCAUCUGCGGCCACAUCUGCAAAAGUGCAUGCGGAAAAUGUUCAGAGGACUGCGAUGAUUGUGAACCUAGCUCUACGACGAAAGAGAGUCUCGAUACGGGCUCAUCAUCAGCGGAUGCCGAGGACUUUCAACAGUGCAGACAUAACACUAAAAAGAGUCAACUUUUCCCACAUGCCUGUACCUUACCUUGCAGUAAAAAAUUGCAGACACGUGCGCACAACUGCAAUCAUUUUUGUAUUGGUGUCUGCAACGAGCCAUGCCCUCCAUUUUGUUUAACUUGCAACAAAAAUAAAGUAGUUGCAUCUUUACCCCAGCAAACUUGUCGUCGAGGUGACACGUUCAUCUACCUCCCAGACUGCAACCACCUCUGUGAGACACGGUUUCUCGACAAAAUGAUGGCAGGUUUCAGAAGUUCAUCUGACUGCGUUCAGGUACGUUCUCCAACAUGUCCCAAAUGUGACCGGCCAAUACGCAAGUGUCAGCGAUAUCAAGACUUACUUAAGGUUAUCGAUGAGUCAAUUGACUCGGCGAGAAAACAAGACGCAAGAAGUAAACCGAGGAACACCACUCGUGACGUCAGCAGAUCCGCCAUUGUUGUCGGAAGUUGGAUGAGAUGUCCAAAAAGUCACGUGUUCAAUCACAAACGGACUACAAGCUCGCAUGACAACAGAGACAACAAAAUUGUACUUUGUCAAAUGUGUAGGCAACUUUUUUCUAACAUCUCACCCAGUACUUAGAUUUUGCAACGUGACUGGUUCAGAGCGGGUCACACGAGGUCUUCCAUACCCCUUCCACGUGACGUCACACACAUAAAAAGCGCCCUCACUGGGAUCAAAGGAGGCAAAUGAUUUGAAGAUAGCUGUGCGUACAAAAAUGUGCGCAUUUUACAAGGGUCACAUUGUUACUAGAAAGCAGCGCGAGCGUGACACACUCUACCAUUAGCAACUAAUGGACAGUACUAAACCCGCAGCAACCAAUCAUUUACUGCUUUUAUACUCGUGCUCUUUUAUAACAAAUUGCAGCACUCGAAACAGCAAAAAAAUACACGAUUAACAUAGAUAGGGGUCAAUAAAUAAAACAAAUUUUACAACAGAAGCGCAACUUGCGCCUAUCCUGGCCGCUUUUUGGGGAAUCCAAACAUACAAAUAGGACUCGACUCUAAAAAAUAAUGUUCAAUAUUAUGUUGGACGACAACAAUAUUGAUCGUUGCUGAAAUUCACAAAAAUACUUUCAAUCAAUAAGGACAAGUUCAAUUAAACAAAUUUUGAUUGUGUAGGAAAAUCCCUGUUACGUCAUCACUAAUGUGACGCUUUGUUCAGCGAGGAGCUAUAACAAAGAAAACCUCCACACACGACGUCAAAGUACUAGUUAAUUUGUCAUUAUGACGUACGCCGUCAACGGCAGUAUAGUGUUCCUAGUUUUCAAAACGUUUAGGGUGGGCUUGAUUUUUUAAUCGAUAGUUACUACAGUUUCAAAAGUGUACAAAUAUCUUACUUAUCUCAAAUAAUAAACAAACGUAUUAUAAACAAGUCUAAAUAGCAUGCCAGUUAUUAUUAUUACUAUUUUUUUUUUGCUCAGACAAUUUAACGUUUCACUUGUAUUCACACUUUCAUCCGCAAGUUUCUGAAAUGUACAGUGUAUACAAAACAAAACUUUAGUCUCAAUCACCACCUUUUUGGAUUUUGUGUACACAGGUCUAGUACACUUAGAAUUUGAUGGCCCUACUUCGUAGUGUUGUUUUAAUAUCUACAACACAAGGGAUAUAUUGUCAAGACAAUAAUUAUUGACAACAUUGAAGGCACCGGGAAAUAUAGUUUAAAUUUUUUCAAACAUAGAGUAUUAUGUUAAAGGCAGUUGACACUAUUGGUAAUUGU